AUGGAUAUGACAUUAUCUCAACAGUUUUGGUUGUUAGAACUCAAAGGAUAUAAUCUCACACGCCAAUUGUCAUUACCUGUUGACCGACAACGUUCAUUAACUGAGCAACGAUCAGGUUUAGCUUCUUCAGCUCAAAUCACUUUUGACGAUGAAAUAUGUGCAUCCUUUCUAAACUAUGCAUCAUCACACCAUCUCACACUCUUUCAACUUGGAUUAUCCAUAUUUUAUGUCUUUCUAUACAAAUUCACUCAUGGCGAGACUGAUUUAUGUAUUUCUUCUAUCAAUGCUAAUCGAUAUCGAAGUGAAUUAGUAAAUAUGAUCGGAAUGUUUGUGUCAACACUACCAUAUUGUGUUGAACUUGAUCCGCAUUGGUCUUUUGAUGAGGUAGUUAAAUAUGUACGAGAGAAAUGCUUAUCAAUUCUUGAACAUUCUCAUUAUCCACUUCAACAUAUUCUUAGUGAUCUACAUCUCACUCAAUCGAAUGUUUCGUUUCUUGAAACAAUGCUUGAUUUCAUUACUAUAUCUGAAGAUGAUGAUGAUGGAUUAUGUUUGAAUGGUGUUAAUUUAGAAGAAGUAUCAUUAAAUCUGUCAUAUGAACUGGCUAAGUUUGACUUCUCAUUGACAUUUGUAUAUAAUCAAUCAUCAGAUGAUAAUCAUCUGUCUUGUUCUUUUAUUUGUUCAAGUGAUUUAUUUGACGAGACAACAGUUGAUAAAAUAGGUCGAAGAUUUCAUCAUAUUUCACAGCAACUCUUUUCAUCAAAAUCAAGUACAAAUUAUAUUGAUUUAUGCUGCACAUCUAUAUCGAAAGUUGAUCUUAUUCUACCAGAAGAAGUUGAAGAAAGACAAGGAAUAAGGUUUCAAAGGUUGGAAACUAUUAUUAAUGAGGCACCAGCAUCAUUUGCACAAUAUCGAAUAUGGUCCAAAAAUCAAAGAGAUGUCGAUACUGAUCAGUCAUCUUUGACGACCCAUAAUAUGUCAUUUUUUUAUCGCCUCUACACAGGAGACAUUUUAUCCGUGAAACAACUUCGUCAUGCUCUUCAACUCGUUGUAACCAAACAUGGAUCACUUCAUACAUCAAUCAUCUAUGAUUCUGACAACAAUCAACUCAUGCAGAGAGUUCUUACUCAACAAGAUAUCAACGAUGAUAUGUUUACAAUUACUGAAAGUAGUUAUGAAACUGAUGAACAACUCAAUGCUAUCAUUGAAAACGAGAAAUGUAAUUCUCAACUUUUCGAUCUCAUUAAAGGUCUUGUGCUUCGAUGUCGUAUUAUUUACUAUAAACAAGUCUCUUCAAACAACAUUCUUUCCGAUAAAGAUCUACUUAUUUUCAAUAUUCAUCACGCUUUCUUUGACUUUCCAUCAAUGAACAUAUUUCUUCAUGAUCUUAAUCAAGCAUAUACAACAGGUCAGCUAGCGAUUGAUAAUGAUACUACUCUACGUUAUAUCGAUUAUGCUCUCAUUGAACAACAGAUGUCAAUGACUGGUGCAACUAUGUUUUGGCUUGAUGCUUUUCAUGAUUGUAAACUUGAUCAGCCUUUACCAUUACCAUUUGAUCGAUAUCGUCUUAUGAACGAACAUCGAACUAAUCGAGCAACAUCUAUUUCUUUUGAUUUUGGUCAAGAUCUUUCCCAUCAUUUUCUUCUCUAUGCAUCAUCAAACAAUAUCAAACAUGAACAUCUAGCACUUGCUACUUAUUUUAUCUUCUUAUUCAAAUUAACGAAUGGUGAAAAAGAUUUAUGUAUUGCAAUGAAUAUCGACAAUCGUUAUAGAGAUGAACUAAAAUCUAUAAUUGGACUGUUUGAGAAUAUCAUUCCAUUACGAUGUCAAUUAGAUCCUCACUGGUAUUUUCAAUAUUUACUUGAUUAUGUUCGAGAGACAACAACGAAGAGUUCAAAAUAUUCGUAUUUUCCCCUUCAACAUAUUCUCAAUCAGCAUUCAAAUGUUUCAAAACCUGCAUUUCUUGAUUUGUCAUUUGAAUUUCUAUCAUCUAUGACAAACAGCGACAAUAAACUAACAAUGAUUGGUGAUAGUCAACUUUCGUCUAUACCUGUUACAAUCAACAUUAAUGAUUUCUCACUUAUAAUCCAGGAGGAUCUCAAUGUUAAUCAACUCUCAUGCACAAUGAAUGCAUCACUUGAUUUAUUCAAUGUAGAAACGAUUGAUAGCAUAUCUCAACGGUUUCAUUCAAUCUUGAGACAAUUAUUUACACCUGUUGAUAAUCAAAUGAAUAAGCCAAUCUACGAAAUAUCAUUAACAUUACCAAAUGAAAGAUUACUCAUGCAAUCAAUGA